AUGGCACUGUGCAAUUUUGCCGCCAUCUUCCAAUAUGGGUCUAUACAUGCGGUGUUACCUUCCAAAUUUGAAGAGGACUUUCCGCAGCGGCAGCAGCAAGGAGAGGGAGAACGUGAAGGAGAGCCUUCAAAACUGAUCUACAAUGGCUCUUGUCUUGCCUUUGAAACUUUCUCUGUCAUCCUGGAUCAGAUUGGCAACGAGCACGUCUAUCCAGCCGUGCAUGUCUAUCUGGCAUUUAUCUGGUGCAUAGCACUGAAUGACACCAUGGAGUAUGUCGAUCUAGUCGUUCCAUGGAGCAAGAUCGCCACUUUUCUCAACAGAAUGAUCUGCAGCGACACUGAUUUCAGUGUUAUUGAAUGCGACGAAUUUCCUGUUGCGGAUGACAGGAAGAAUAUGCCAGAGGAUUUUCUCAUCCGUGGCCAGGUCUGGAGCCAGCGUUAUUUCCCAGUCGACUUCUUCAAAGAUGCCAUGACAGAGGAUGAUGGACGCUCGAUUGAGGUGCCUUCCUUCAGAGCUUCCAGGAUGUAUCGGUGUAGUAGCACUCUUGCAAGUAUUAAAAUUUACUGA